CAAUUAAAUACAAUUUAGAAAGAGCUAAAAUUUUCAUUAAUCACUUUACCACCUAAAUUACACCCACCGGUAAUGAUUCUUUUACAAAUUAAUUAAUGAAUUUAGACAAAAACAAUCUUACGUCAUCAUCGUCUUCAACCGUACCUCAUUCAUAUCACCGCCUCCGCAAUUCUCAUCUUGACUGCCCGCUGCAUAUAUAAUAUAAUCAAUAACCAGGCAGUCAAUACCAUGUCCAUGGAACUCACUACCUCAACUUAAAUACCUCUCUGGAAUUUCUAUAUAUACGUGUGUAUGUGGGUCUGGUGAGCUAUAUACAUCUACAGCCAGAUCUGCAAAUACUUGCAGUAUUUUUUAAAAAAUGUUUGCGAUAUUUCUCUUCAUGAUCUUCACCGCAGUGCCAUUGGCGCGCUGCGGUGGCAUCGACGACACUCCUACGGCCUACGAAGUUCUUCAACAAUACGAUUUUCCUAUCGGUCUUCUUCCCAAGGGCGUACUCGGCUACAAAUUAGACAGUUCUACUGGUAAGUUCUCCGUUCACUUAAACGGUUCUUGUUCAUUCUCAAUACAAUCGUAUGAGCUCAAGUAUAAGUCUACAUUUACCGGUGUUAUCGCCAAGAGGAAGCUCUCUGAACUCUCCGGCAUCCAAGUGAAGAUUCUGUUUCUGUGGCUAAGCAUUACUAAAGUGACUCGCGACGACGAUGAGCUCGAAUUCUCGGUCGGGAUUACUUCGGCGGAUUUUCCUGUCGAUAACUUCAACGAAUGCCCUACCUGUGGAUGUGGAUUUGACUGUGAUUCGAGGAAGAUUGGUAAUGGUGGAUUGCUGUCGUCUUCUUGAUUUAGGUCUUGAUGCUUACUGCUUGACUUUGUGCUUUAUGUAUAUGGUAAUUAGGUUUUAUCUGUAAUGUUAAUAGUGGAUGUGCCUAAUAUUGACUGAGGAGUCUGGUUCUAUGCU